GCAAGAGUGUGAACCUUGUUGUAAAGCAUUCCUUGAUUAAUUGUCCAGCAGCUGCUAAGAGGAGGACACCAUCGAGGGAAAACUUGUCUUUGUGGAUGUUAGGGCAAAGGAUCACAGGACGUGCAUAAGCGCGCUCCACUGGCGCGAAGACCCGUAAGAUCGCUAUGAAAGUCCGAUUUCUUCUAGCCUUACUCGCCAUUGCGCUCACUCCUCAGGUUUUCGGGCACGCCCAAGUAUACUUCACAGGACAGAAGUUCAUCAGCAGGGUCAAUGACCCAACGGAAUUGUCACAGGACGGUUUGACAGGGAUAUUUUCAACUUGGUUGAACAUUUAUCAAAAUGAGUAUGUGGGGUCUUCAGUUUCGCAGCAGAUGGAGCGGGUGAUGCUCCCGACUAUCUUCUCGCGCCCAGAGGCACUGUUUUCUCUGCAAGCACUGGUAGCUCCAGGUGAUGAAUCCGGUCAGUACUUUCUGCCCGAGGAGGGAGCACAUUCGGCUUAUCUCAAAGCAGACAACACUGCAGCAUCUGCAAAGGUUCUACAGGCGCUGAGCUCAGUUGCAUACGGGGGCGUCAGCACUGGAGCUGUCGAGCAUCAUGAGUUUGGCAAAGCGUCAGGCUGCACUGACGCCUGUAUGGAGGAUCUCUUUAAGGAAGCUCUUUCAAGGAUGGGAGGAAAUUACACAGCUGGUUCCGCUGCUUUGAGGGGUGUUGCUUACAUCCCGGAAGCCUCACACCAGGGCACGGUAGAGCUUGGCCUCAAUGAGAAUGCUGGCCGGGUAUGGGCAGUGGAGAUGGCGAUUCUUCACCAGGCCGCACAAAACCUGGCCCAGACGAGGCAGCAACAAGCAGGCUCGGCGCGUUCUGUGCCUGUGCUCUAUGAAGCUACUGUUCUCAGCCCAAAGCUGCUCAGCGAGAACUUCGGGGCUGCAAGUCCAAAGACCCAGGCCGCGAUGAGUGCCCUCAAAUCUGUUGUUGACAGUGUCCGCACAGCGUUGGGAGAUAUUCACGGAGACAGGAUGGUGUCCCAUUUGGCUGUUCUGGACGAUGCUCCAAUCCGCAAGAAUGACGCACGAGCCACUCUGCAGUGGCAUGAACAGCAACAACGAAGGCACCUCCUGAUGUCUGAGUCAGCUGAGAAGACGGACUCUGCCACCAGCUGGUUUGUCCAGGCAGCUGCCUACAUUUCUGCAAUUCUUUUCUUGGUAUUUGCGAUUGCCAGCUGCCAAGUCUUGGCGAAGAUGAAAUUCAAGCAGGACUCGCUUCUGUAUGGCCGCACCAAAGCUGAGUGAUGGUCACAGUGCAAAGAGUCUGUGAUUGCUGUGAUCUUACAGCUUCAGCAACAGAACAAGAAUGCAGUCGUCUGACAUGAAGCAUACUUCUGAUCAGCAGCUUGGACAUUUCUGCUUGGCUCAAGCAUACCUGAUGAACAUAUUCUAUUGGGCACGGGCUAAUAACCUUUCGAGCACGGGUCGGCUAUAGCAUGCAAUGAUCCUCUAAUUUUGAAUGUAAAGUGUACUUUUGUG